AAUAAAGUGAAUUCAGUGUAUACGAAUAAAAUUAAAACUGCGUAGUUGACAGCUUAUUCUCUUUACCCUUUAAAAUACAACUGAAGAUUAAAUGUGGAUAAUCUUACUAUUUUAAUCAAACAAGAAAAGGACUUUGCUUUCUGCGUAAUAUAAACGUCAAUCAUGUCAGUCCGCACAAGUCACUGCGGCGAUUCCAGGAGAAAAUGAAUUUAAUCGAGACAAUAUAAAGUGCCACCCCUACUGUCUAUGUUUCCAUUUCUUUUAUACUUGUCCUUGCCAAAGAAAAGCUUUCAGGGUUGACGUCAUGAUCUUAUUCAAGAUAAGCCGCUAUGUUUAUUGCAGCUUCAGUGAAUGAUUUACGCACGGGAUAUAAAGAGCGGCACCAGACGACACUGGAAGUCCUGAUUUUGGGACUAGUAGCAAAGUUUGAGGGGAAAAAAGUUAUGAUCCGUUCACGUUCAGCAAGCGCUGAUUUUCUAGAAGUUAUUUCUUCAGAGAUAACAGCAAUGUUUGAUAACCACACGUUUCGAUGAGGUCUGUGAAGGCAUUUUAUUAAAGAAAAAAAGAAAGGAUAGUUUACGGAAGGGAGACACUUACCAGUAAAGAGAACAUAACGCAAUUGAAGAUAUUCCAUGGGUUUAUAGAAAUGAAGACAUGAAUAUAAAUGACCAUGACAGAAAGUUAAAAGAACCCAACAUGGGUUUGCCAAGUGUAGACUUGCUGGUAAGGCUACAGAUUUUGCCAGGUUUCUUCUCCAAUUGCCUGUUCCUGGCGCUGUAUGACUCAGUGGUCCUGUUGAAGCGGGUGGUGUCACUCCUGAGCUGUUCUGGUGCUGGUGGUGAAUGGCAGCGCAUGUUAACGUCAGCUGGGCUGCGGUCUGUGUGGAACAGUUUUCUUCUAGAUGCGUAUAAACAGGUGAAGCUGGGUGGUGAUGCACCCAAUUCCAAGGUGGUCAGAGUAUCGGGUGCAAGCAGCAGAAGGAAAAGCUUUAGUGGCAAGAGCGGAAUGGAGUGCCGACUGCUGGAUUUUGAGUCUUCCGACCGUCCUUUGGUUGUCAACUUUGGCUCUGCCACCUGACCCCCAUUCAUCAGCCACCUGCCUGCGUUUAGGCAGCUGGUUGAAGAGUUCUCUGAUGUGGCUGACUUCCUGUUAGUCUAUAUCGAUGAGGCUCACCCGACAGAUGGCUGGGCAGUUCCAGGGAUGGGGUUCGAUUCUUUUGAGGUAAGGAAGCACAGGACCCUGGAAGAGCGUUGCCUGGCUGCCUACAAUCUGCUGGAACGCUUCUCUUUACCACCUCAGUGCCAAUUGGUGGCAGACUGCAUGGACAACAACACUAAUGUGGCUUAUGGCGUCUCAUUUGAAAGAGUGUGCAUUGUGCAUAAACAGAAAAUUGCCUAUCUGGGUGGGAAAGGACCAUUUUUUUACAGUCUUAAAAAAGUAAGGCAUUGGCUUGAGCAGAACUAUGGGAAGCGAUAAAAAAAAAAAAAAGACAUUUCUUCUAGACACAAAAGCAAAAAAAAAAAAAAAAAAAAAGGAGAAAAAGGAAAUGAGUAAAUGUAAAACCCAGAAGAAAAUGUGUUCAGAAGGUUCAAACCAAACACUUCUCAGAACUUAAGUGCUGUAAACUGACAAUAUCAGUUACUAUUUAACAGGAACUGGCUGAUUUAAAUAGGAAUGAACUAGUGGAACCGAUUACAAUGUUUAAAUAAUAAUAAACAAAAAAAUACUGUAAAAUUUAAAAAGCAAUAAAGCAAAGCACACCAAAUAGUCAAUUUAAAUGUUUUGAUAACAACAACAACAAAUAUUUUUGAACAAAAACAGAAUUUAGAGCGUUUGAAACCAACUUUUAUAAGUUUAAU